UUCUUUUAUAAAAAAUAAACAGAAUCCCUCUUUCUUAUCCUACUCAAUAAAAUAUCUGAACCUUAGAGAAGAAGGAAGAAGAAAAGAUGACGACGCAGAAGAAAGAGAUGGAAGUGGUGAAGGAUCUUGACUUGGAGAGAUACAUGGGCCGUUGGUACGAGAUUGCUUCUUUCCCUUCCAUUUUUCAGCCCAAGAACGGUGUUGACACUCGCGCCACCUACACCCUCAACCCUGACGGCACGGUGCACGUCUUGAACGAGACGUGGAACGGUGGCAAGAGAGCUUUCAUCCAAGGCUCAGCCUACAAGACUGAUCCUAAGAGCGACGAGGCUAAGUUCAAAGUUAAGUUCUACGUCCCUCCUUUUCUCCCUAUCAUUCCUGUCACUGGAGAUUACUGGGUGUUGUAUAUUGAUCCUGAGUACCAGCAUGCUGUCAUCGGCCAGCCUUCGAGGAGUUAUCUCUGGAUACUGAGCAGGACGGCGCAUGUGGAAGAAGAGACAUACAAGCAGCUGCUGCAGAAGGCGGUGGAGGAAGGGUACGACGUCAGCAAGCUUCACAAGACCCCUCAGAGUGACACACCACCUGAGUCCAACGCUGCUCCUGACGACACCAAGGGUGUUUGGUGGUUCAAAUCUAUGUUCGGCAAAUAGUUACAGAAACCCAAGACCUUCGUUUCACCUCCUGUUACUUCCAUUGCUUGUGUAAUAAUAUUACUACCCCUUAUGUUUACUCUAGUAAUCAUCGUAAAGCUUUCGUGUAUAUUGAACAUCUAAAGUAAAUCUAUUUGCGUAACAAAGUUGUCUUUUAUA